AUGGCGCCUGGUCGCAAGGCCAGAUCUCCCCAGCCAAGUCGCCCGGCAAACACCCUGAUCCUCGACAAUGGCGCCGCCACACUGAAAGCAGGUCUUCUCUCCAAUCCAUCCACGCCGCCGCUGGUCAUCCCCAAUCUUGUCGCCCGCGAUCGCCUCCGGAAGACAUACGUUGGGUCGGAAGCGAGCUCGAUCCGCGACACCUCUGAUCUCGCCCUCCGCCGACCCGUCGAGCGUGGGUCGAUUGUGAACUGGGAAGUGCAAAGGGAAAUCUGGGAUCGAACAUUUCUCGAUACUGGCGCGCCGCUGCGCUGCGACCCCAGCGAAACGAGGCUGAUGUUGACGGAGCAACCGAAUAAUCUGCCAGCGCUCCAGGCCAAUUGCGACCAGAUUGUGUUUGAGGAGUAUGGCUUUGCAAGCUACUAUCGUGGCGUUGGCUCCACGUUCAACGCCUACCACGAUGUGCAGACUCUUUUCCGUACCCCCACGGACCAUCCAACCGUCGCCAACGCGCCAGCCGAGGUUAUGCUCGUCGUGGAUUCGGGCUACUCGCACACGACCGUCACACCCGUCCUCGCGGGUCGAGCCGUUCAUUCGGCCGUCCGGAGACUCGACGUGGGCGGCAAGCUCAUGACCAACUACCUUGCCCGUCUCCUCUCGCUGCGGCACUUCGACAUGCGCUCCGAGACCUUCCUCGUCAACGAGAUCAAGGAAGCCGCGUGCUACGUGUCGCCCGAUUUCAGGCGCGAUGUCGAAAGUUGCUGGAAAGGCACACGGGGCGAGAAACGGGCAGAAUAUCUUACGGGAGGCGGCAUCGCCAAGGACUACAUCCUACCCGACUUUCACACGCGAUGGAAGGGCCAACUCGUCGACUACGACCCCGCGCGGCACUCCAAGAGCAAGAAACUGGCCGGCAGCGACGAGGACGCCCUGACGCUUCGGAAUGAGCGCUUCUGCAUACCGGAACUCGCAUUCAGUCCUUCCGACAUGGGCAUGCGCCAACCUGGGCUCCCAGACCUGAUACACCAAUCACUUCAGACCUUGCCAGUAGGGCUUUGGCCUGGAUUGCUAGCGAACAUCCUGGUGGUGGGAGGCAAUGUCUUAUUUGAUGGGUUCAUUCAACGUCUACAGAAAGAGGUCGUCCAGCGCUUCCCAGAUGAUUGCGUGGUGCGAGUUGCCAGACCAGCAGACCCCAUUACCAGUACCUGGCAAGGCGCGGCUAUUCUGGCGAAUCACCCCCAUAUCGAGAAGCUUGUCGUCACAAAGAAUGAAUACGAUGAGCUGGGGGCUUCGCUCGUGGCCCGGAAAUUCGCCCAAGGUUUGGGCGCAGGCUGA